UGGGAGAACGGGUGAAUGAGAGAGAAAGACAGGUUGAGCGCAUGCACACUUGUAGUUCAAAACUAAGAGCAUGCAGCAAACUCUUUCACUCUGCACUUCAACACAGAGGUCAGUGGUUACUGCUCUCAGGAUAUUGUGAAUAUGACAUUGUGAAGGCUUUUUCUUCUGAGCUGAGUGCUUAAGGACAUGCUAAUAAGACUGAUUCACUGCAUCAGGGGUCUGUCCUGAAUGUGUUCAGCAAUCAACGGUGUACUUCCUCUGAGGAUCAGCUGUGAGGGACUGGCAAACCCUGGAAGACUGCAUGGGGAGGUGUCAAUGUCCACCAAUGUCACUGGAUUCCGGGCACAUCGUUCCCCCCAGCAUUUGGAUAUGGACUCGGCCUGGCAGGAACUGAUGGCCAUCACAGAACUUCAGGAGUUUGAGGUACCCAAUGAGAAUCCCUUUGAAGCUAUUCCAUACCUGUCCAUGGAGCCCAUGGUUUCUCAAGGGGGGUUCGGGAUGAGUCAACCGCAGGCAGAAUCCAUUCCAGCCACUUGUGAUGCCCAUCCUGCUGCUGUUUAUGAAAAUGCAUACCCUGAAAUGAUGCCACCCUAUCAGCGUUUAAACCCACACAUGGAUAUGCACUACAGCCUCCCAGUCCCCGGCGGCCAUGGUUCCUCUAGAAUGCUUGCGAAUACGCAAGCUCUUCAUCCUCCUCUCAUGAGUCUUUUGGAGCACAUGAACAUGACGACACGCGGUCAUGGUAUUGCGAAAGAUGGCGUUAUCAACCUUCAUUGCACAGGACAAAUCAAACAGGCUUGCGCAGAUGAUCUAGAGUCAGAUUCCGGUUUAUCGCUUGGUUCAAGCCCACCGCUUGCCUCUCCUGAGAAUGCGGUGCAUGGAGUACCUUCGUACUUGCCUGCAGAUGGUACGAUGGGCUACACCGAAAGCGAAAGUAUUGGGGAACAAUGUCGCAUGCGGCAGAGUUUGCUUGGGUCUGUCGACUACCAGUCCUACAGUUCAUACCCUGGAACUUCUUUUCCCACAACUACAAAUAUGCAACCUAUCAACCAGCAGACUUCCCAAACAAUUGCAUCAGUGAAGCACCCGGUUUUACCCACAGCCUUGCAUGAUCUACAGCUAAACAGCUCGGGUUUCACAAGACUGGGUUCAUAUCAAUCCAUGUACCCGAAACCAAAAUCGAGCAGCAUUCCCGUACCCCUGAGCAGAGAUGAGCGGCGAGCCCUCGCUCUCAAAAUCCCAUUCUCGCUGAACAAGAUUGUGAACCUACCAGUGGAUGACUUCAAUGAGCUCUUGACCCAAUUCACACUGAGCGACCCUCAGAUGGCACUCGUGAGGGACAUCCGCAGACGAGGGAAGAACAAAGUCGCAGCUCAGAACUGCCGCAAGCGGAAGUUGGAGAAUAUUGUGCAUUUAGAAAACGAGUUGGGACAGCUUAGAGCCCAAAGAGAACAUUUAACCAGAGAGAGACUGGAGUUUCAGCAAAACCUAUCCAUUGUCAAAUGUCGGCUCUCAGAUCUUUACACCCAAGUGUUUUCACAGCUACGUGAUGAGGAGGGACACCCUUAUUCAGUUGAUGAGUAUUCACUACAACAAACUAAUGAUGGCAACGUUUACUUGGUGCCACGGAAUACAGCACUGGAGGGUGAAUGAACUGAUGUUUGUUUUGAAAAGUGUAAGUCACCCAUAGAUGGACAACUAAAUUCAUGAGGUUCCUACACUUUUUGACCAAUUACUUCAAGUUACUUGUCAUGAACAGAUAAAGACUUGAUUUCUUACAAGAUCGCUCAAAUAGUAAUUAACCAAAGAAGUCUAGGACAGAACUAGAAAAUACAACUACAGAAAUUAUGAAGGGCUUUUAAGAUUAAGACACUUCCAAACUUAUGCUGCAAGUGUUUUGUACAUUAAAACUGGUCUAAAACCUAAAAUCAGUAUUAUGUCCAACAUACAAACACAAGCUUUAAGUAGAGUGUUCUACACAGGAAACAAGUCAAAUGUAGCAUUAAAAAAAGUUUUAUUGGUAAAAAAGGUAAAAAAACACAGGUAAUUAAAAAAAAAUAUAUAUAUAAUCUCUUCAGCUGCAUUUUGGUCCUAGAAAAGAGAACAAGUUUGAGGUUUAGAAUAUUGCAAACAAGAUAAAAACUGCAUUACAAGAGCAAGUACCUUUUAUCAUUUCACCAGUUUAGACAGACAAAUGCCUUUUUGUUUCAAGAGGUGAUUUCACUCAUCAGAUCCUGAAAAAGCAAGAGUAACAUGGUCAGCACGUUAAAUAUAGAACAUGGGAAAAAAAAAAAACACAAGUGGGCAUGCAUUAAAAAGGGUUUAAGUUCUACAAAAUCUUGUGCACCAAACUAUGCUGACUGCAGUCACUUCCCCUGUAAUAUACACAACAAUGAAUGGGAAGAUCACAUUAACUGUACAGCUUCUGCUAAUAAAAUGUUUUACAGUUAC